GUCCGGGAUCGCGCUUCUUGUGAGAGCGUUGCGUCUAUUAUUUGUUUCCCGUAAAUUAGCAUAGAACAAUUUUACCAUUCAUGAAUUAAAUGUUGACCGAAAUUAGAUGCAGCUAACAUAGUAUUUUUAUGGAGAUAAAAUUACGUGAAAGACAUGCCGACUCCAACAGCACGUUUAUGAUUCGUACCUUAUGAAGUGCAGCGUUUUUGGAUAACAAUCUUGCUUUCUUUCAAUGACAUUUUAUUCAACUCAUUUCGGAAUUUAGAAUUCACGAUAAUGUAAUUUUCAGAUGUCGAAGUCUGAUACUCAGGGGCUUAUAAAAAACUACGGAUAUGAAGUGGAUUCAACAAAUAUUUAUAUCUAUCAUCGUAGGCAUGGAAAUAUCUCGAGGACACCGCAUUGAAAUGGAACAAAUAUCGGAGAGCUCACAUUUGGAACGAUUUCAAUUUAAUAAAGAGCGUACAUUGAAUACAGGUAUUAAAGAGCCCUCUUAUUCUGAAUGGGCUGGUUGGAGUGAAUGCCAAGGCGGGCGAAAAACUAGACGGAGACAUUGCUUGCGAAAGCAUGUGUGCGGCGAUUCGUUGCAAAUAGAAGUCGCCAGUUGCGGAUUUCGGCACUCACACAGACAUCAGCGCUUUGGUAAUGAACACAAUCAUCGCAUAUUAAUGAGAAAUAUGGAUUCAAAAGACGUCCAAAAAAUGUUUAGAGGGUUUUCGUCAUGGUCUACUUGGACACAUUGUUCAAGAAAGUGUACAACUGUAAGAAGAAGAUAUUGUUUGCAAUCAUCAAUUUGUGGACAGAAGGUGAUAAGACAAUCUGCAUAUUGUUAUCUCGAAGGCAGCUAUUGCCAUCUUUGGAUACGAAGCAGAAUGCAACGAAGGAAGGAUCCAGAGAAUAGUGUUGGAAAACCGGAGAACUUAUCAAAACCGGUACCAGCUAUCCAACCUAAAGAUUCAAGGAAGCUAUCAACAGUAAUGCCCCCUUGCGGAAGAAUUGGGAGGUAUCGUGGCAGUGCUAAAGAACGUAUUCGUACCAAAAUGAGAGAAAUGGUUCGCAUCAUAGGGGGCAGACCAGCGCCACCAGGAAAAUGGAUUUGGCAGGUGGCAGUUCUGAACAGGCAUAAGGAAGCGUUCUGCGGAGGGACACUAAUAUCUGUCCGAUGGGUGGUGACAGCGGCUCAUUGCGUGCGUCGACGUCUGUACGUGCGUCUGGGAGAACAUGACCUGCUAGUUAAAGGCCGUGGGGAGCUUGAGAUGAGAGUUAUCCAAGCAGUCAUACAUCCAUUCUACGAUCCCGAUACUGUUGUCAAUGACGUGGCUUUAUUACGACUGCCAGAGCCAGCGCGACCGGAUCUCGGUCAUGGUAUUGCAUGUCUGCCGCGACCCCAACAACCCCUACCUCCACACACCUCCUGCAUUAUACUUGGAUGGGGGAAGAGAAGGGCCACGGAUGAGCACGGCACCAGGAUACUUCACGAGGCCCAGGUGUCUACUAUACAGCAAGGUGUUUGUCGUCGUUCGUACUGGCAAUACGCGAUAACUGACAACAUGGUAUGCGCUGGAAGGGGCCACAAAGAUUCUUGUGCAGGGGAUUCAGGCGGCCCUCUCCUCUGCAAAGAUCGAUAUAAACGAUACGUGUUACAGGGAAUCACAAGUUUCGGUGAUGGAUGUGGUAAGCGUGGAAAAUAUGGCAUAUAUACCAAGACAUCGGGGUACGUUUCAUGGAUGUACGAUGUCAUGAAUGACAAGUACUUUGGUGAUUGAUAAUAUUAUUUAUCGUUAUAAAUCAUUAAUAAUUUCUUUACAAGAUACAUCUAGCAUUAAACGUUAAAUUUUGUUAUCAUUCUACGAUGCGUCCUCGACUAACUUAUCAUUUCUUACGCAAACAAAGUAAAGGUAUAACAUGUUAUUCAAUAUAGCUUAAUUUAAUUAUUUUCCUUCUAAUAAUAUUUGCUUAUACACUUAAAGUAUUAUCGACUGAUUGAUAUUUGGUAUGUAAUUUAGUUCGCUGCCUUUGCUUUCAGAGAGUUAUAAGGUUAAACGUAUCUAAUGUGACUAGAUUAAUUGAAUAUUGACAUGUCAAAUAUAAUUUUCUAUGAAAAUACCGUCAUAUUAUAUAUGUAACGGAUUUAAGAGAGGAUUAAAGGAUUAUGUCUGAGUAUGGUUUCCCCUUGAUGUGAUAAGGUCACAUUACAAGUUUCACUUUCCCCUCAAUUAAGCUUAAACGCUUGAGGCCAUUAUACUAUCAACAUGACUUGUCCAUGGAAUAUUCUAUACAACGUUUGACAGCUUGUUAUUAUAAUAAGAAAGAAAGCCAAAGUCUGACGAAUAGACUUUGGCUUAUUGUAAUAUAAUCUUGUUUUAUACAAUUAUUUAUUAUUAAAAGAGAUGUAACAUUUAUUUAUUUAACACAACUAGUGAAUUCUAGAAUAAAUUGAAUUUCGACAUUAGGAUUCAAAAACCGCAUUUUUAAUGAGGUCAUGCCGUCUUUUUCAAAGACGGUAAGAAUGUUUGGCUCACGAGUUACGUGUGUAAAUACGUCAAUUAAAAAUGUAUAAACAUCAAUUCUAUUUUUAUAAUAAAAUUAUAUCUUAAAUAAAG